AUGUCACAGAAGUUCCUUUUCACCAGUGAGUCUGUCACAGAAGGACACCCAGAUAAGAUGUGCGAUAUCAUCUCAGACACAAUUCUUGAUGCUUGCCUUGCUCAGGAUCCAAAUUCGAAAGUUGCUUGCGAAACAUGCACAAAGACAGGCAUUGUCUGCCUUCUUGGUGAAUUGACAUCGAAUGCUCACCUCGAUUACCAGAAGCUUGUUCGUGAUGCAGUUCGCAACAUCGGCUACACAUCAUCCAAGCUCUGUUUCGAUGCCGACACAUGCGCAGUGAUGGUUUCUAUGAGCCAGCAGUCAGCAGAUAUCGCACAGGCCGUCCACCUUAACAAGAAGGCAGAAGAAUUAGGUGCAGGUGACCAAGGCAUCAUGUUCGGCUAUGCUACCGACGAAACUAAAGAACUUUUCCCACUUACACAUGUUCUUGCACACAAUCUUGCUCGCAAGCUCACCGAAGUCCGUAAGAAUGGCACUGUUCCAUUCCUUGGUCCGGAUGGUAAGACACAGGUUACCGUUGAAUACGAACGUAACAACGGUCACCUCAAACCACUUCGUAUCCACACCGUCCUUAUCUCCACUAUGCACACUGAUGAAGUUACAUUAGACAAACUUCGUGUUGAAGUCAAGAAACACGUGAUUGAUCCAGUCCUUCCAAAAGAACUUGUUGAUGAUCACACUAUCCUGCACAUCAACCCAGGUGGCCGUUUCGUGAUCGGUGGUCCACUUGGUGACUCUGGCUUAACCGGUCGUAAGAUCAUUGUCGACUCAUACGGUGGCUGGGGUGCUCACGGUGGAGGUGCAUUCUCUGGCAAGGAUCCAUCUAAAGUCGACCGUUCAGCAUGCUACGCCGCUCGGUGGGUUGCCAAGAGCCUUGUUGCGGCUGGUCUUUGCUCACGAUGCUUAGUCCAGCUCUCCUACGCUAUUGGUGUUGCCCACCCUCUGUCAGUCUUUGUCGACACAUACGGCACCGGCAAAGGUAAGACAGACGAAGAACUUGUCGAUAUUAUCAACAAUAACUUCGAUCUUCGUCCAUACGCUAUCAUCCGAGAUUUGGACCUUCUUCGUCCUAUUUACGCGCAGACCGCUGCAUACGGUCACUUCGGUCGUACAGACAUCGAUCUUCCAUGGGAGAAAGUCAAAUCGAUCAAGUACUAA